GAAAAAAACCUGAAACUGUGCUUUGCAACAUAAAAUUCUCAUUUUGAACUUUUGAAGAUGAAUAGUUUACUACGCAGAGUUCCCUCUUAUUCCAUCAUAAGUAAUAAUUCUCUCCGAAAGUUAUGUUCCACAGACGCUCCUGACUUCAAUAUGGAGAACCCAUUCGAGAAAGACAAACAGCAGUGCAUUUUGUGCAAACAAAAUAUCCAAGUAGAUUAUAAAAAUGUGAGAUUAUUAUCACAGUUCCAAUCUCCAUAUACUGGCAGAAUUUAUGGAAAACACAUUACUGGUCUUUGUGCCAAACAGCAAGAUAAGCUUGAAAAGGAAAUUGUUAAAGCUCAAAGUGCAGGAUUAAUGGCUACUUACCUCAAGGAGCCAGUUUUCUUACAAGAUCCUGAGUUGUUUGAUGUUGAAAAACCAUUGAGACCACACAGAUUUUGAACUUAUAAGCUAUCUAUUAUAGGUAGAGGUACAGUCAUAAAAUUUGAGAAUAUAUUAGUAAUAUUCAACAUUAUAAGAAUUCUAUAGCAAAAGUAUACUUCUUUAUUUGUUUCCAAUUAUUGGUGUCUUCAAGGUGUAUAGAUUUUCACAACUAGUCAAUGUCAAUCCAAAUGUCUUGUUCUAAUAUUUGAAAUUUCAGUACAUGUGAACCCAAGAAAUUAAAAAUACAGAGAUGAUAUUGUUUGGUAUGCAGUAUGCUCUCUACUUUAUUCAGUACUUGGUAAUUCAUACAAUUGUUAAACAAUCUCUAUCUACUUUUGAAACCAUUACAUUUAUAUUUUCACUUUUAAUCAGCUUUUCUUGGAAAUGCUCAAGAUAUCCUCUUUCUGAAUCACUGUGAUUGCAUAAAAUGACAUGAAUCCCAUUCUGAGUAGCUUCCAAAACGUCAUGAUGCAUCAUUUCUCCUGUCAAGUACAAGUCUGCUUGUACCCCAUUCAGUACAGAAGUGCCUGAGCCAGCACAGAGGGCUACUGUUGAAAUUAAACUAUCUAAAAUACAAAAUUAAGCAUAUUCUCCAGAGGAUAUGAAUGAUUGAAUUUUACCCAAAUCCUUAUGUCUAGAAACACCUAUCCUUAAAUGUGACAGACCAAUAUGCUCUUUAACAUCAUCAAUUGCUUUCCUAAAUGUUAUAGGUGCAGCUAAAGACAACAGUCUGCCUGCCCCAAUGUUUGAAUCUGGAUAUUCUUUAUUUUUGAGUAUAGCUUUACUAGAUUGGGUUUGGAAAGCUGAACCAAGCCAGUCAUUGACCCCUCCUUCUACUGAAUCCCAAGAAGUAUGAGGGCUGAAGACUGCUAUACCAUUCCUAAUGCAUUUGAUUAUGAUCCUUUCCUUCC